UAAUUUUCCAUCCUAAUGUUUGGCAGGUAUAAGCAAAGAGCGGCAGUACAAGAUGCAAAGUUAGAAUUGAAGACAAUCCUACAACUGCUCAAAACCAAAACCAUAUUGCUUCUGAGCUGUUGCAUGGCAUACAGUGGUCUGGAGCUAUCUUUCUACAGUGGUGUAUAUGGGACAUGUAUCGGGGCAACAACAGAGUUUGGAGCGGCAGCUAAAGGCUUGAUUGGGAUCUCUGGAAUCGUGUUGGGGAUUGGAGAGAUAGUUGGUGGAGGAGUCUUUGGACUAGUAUGUAAGAAUAACCGCUUCAGACGGACAUCUGUGGUCUUCCUGGGGAUGGUCGUCUUCCUGGGGAUGGUCGUACACUACCGUUGAAAAGACAGAAACUAAAACAAGAAGCUCCCGCGCUCAGGUCU